AUGUUGCUGGCAGAGGUGGCUCCCGCGGGGUCACCCCGGCCUCGGCCCCGCCCACUACAGAGAGCCAAUUCGAUCCCGCGAAGGCUUAGUUCGGAAGCCUGGUCUGGUAGCGGCGUCGCCGAGCUGCAGCGCGUCGCUCCUCAGACUGCCUGGGAACGCAAGCCCCGCCUCCAGGAGGCUCCGCCCCUGCGCCAGCCGUUGCUAGGCGGCAGGAAAGCGCCAGCUCCGUGUGGGCAACACGCGGGGGCGCGAGGAGGGAGGUGCCGGGCACCGCGCCGCGCUGGGAAUAGGCCUUCGCUGCCGCGAUUGGGCGCCCAGCGACUUGGGCUGGGAAUCCUCUGCUCCGAGGACGCCGGGCGGGGGCGCUCGACGGGUAUCGAGCUGCUUCGAAAGUCUCAUGGCCGGAAGUUGCCGACCUCUGGGGCCUGGAUUUAUCUCACAAAAGAGUACUUUGUCAGGAAAAUGAAGCACUGGAAGUGCUUCUCAAAGGCAUCAGUUACUGAUGUUCUGAAACCAGAUAAGCCAUGCUCAGGAAAAGACCACAAAGUGCAUUUGUCAAAUACUGUAAAGGGAACAGCAGUACAGCAAACUAAUAAAGAUAUUUCAGCCCAAAGGAUACAGAGAGCUUGGUUAUCUCAUAUGGACCAAACAAUAUUUCAACUCCUAAAGCACACGAUUCGUGCAGCAGAACUUCGUGUGACACAUCAAAUACUGAAGGAAGUGAACCCCUUAGAGGCUGAGCUUGUGAAAGAUCCUAGCAUGAAGUGUAAAGUUAGAUUCAGAUUUAGUGGUGAAACAUUUCCACCUGUCAUCGUAUUUAAAAUUUUUCUUCAUACCGAAGGACAUGGUUACAACUAUUUCAGUGGAAAAAAAUUCUUAAAGCCAUCGAGUGAGGCAGUGGCCGAUGCUUGCAAAAUAAUGGGGAAAAGGAGAUUUUGUCAUUAAGUUAUGGAAGAGGAACGUUUUUUCCAGAAGUUCAAAAUAACUGAUGAAAUUGAUAUUGUCACCCCGCAAGAUUACAUGCAAUACUCCAGUCUUCUGGAUGAGACUCCUGCAUCCUAUGGUGGCAGAAAUAACUACUGGCGAAAAUUAAACCUCAAAAACAUCCCCAGGACGAUGAUAAUAUAUGACAUAGUUCAUUAUGCAGAGUCUGGAAUAAUCUCACACUGUCUACAAACAGAAAUGAAGUAUCUGUUACAGAAGCCACAAACGGAAGAGAUGCGUAAGCACCAGCUACGGAUUGUUUCUGAAGUUAGGUAAAAGUGACAUUUUACCUGGGUUGCGAUACUAGGGGCAUUUCUGAAAAUGUUCACUUUCUGCCAAAUAGCUCAUGAAAGAUAAUAAUAGGGCAUAUGGGAAAAACAGGGUUGGGGCAGAUUGCUCUAAACUUCUGCAUCUUUGUAAACAGAACACUAACAAAAAGGACAAUUGGAACCUGGGGAGAUAACUUGCACCAGCAGACAGGCAGCUCAGGAUGGCUGGAGGCCAGCACAGAAAAUAUAAAACAUGUAGAACAAUCGAGUGGAAAUUCUGGCAUCUCUUUAAUGAGAGCAGGUAGUGGGCACGGUGCUAGCGCAGAUGGAAGUGUGGCCCUGGGCUAGUGUGGUUGCCUUGUAAGUGGACACGAGAGGCUGGGCAACCUGCCAAUAACCAAAACCCCCUCAAGGUGGGGAGUAUGGUGGAGCACCGUAAGGGUGGAUCGUGGGCUGAGGGGUGCCACUCUGGGGAGAGAGCCCUAGAUGCAGGUGCUAAUUCUCGUUUUCAUAAAUACAGCCAAAAGGGCUCCCGUUGCCUGUGGCACACAGGGCUGAGGACCUUCUUUCCUUUUCUGCCGAAGGUUCUAAUUCUCCUCUUGCUAUCCCGGCUCUCCUUGCUGAGGACAAAUUGCAUAUAAAUUACAGUGACAUUAUUCCGUUCUUUAGCAAUAACAUGUGAGCCAAUUCACAUUAUAGAAACUCAUGUUGUAGCAAAAUAGACUGUAUUAUGAUCUGAAACAGUAUGGACAGAAUACGACUGCUCUCAUUAUAUUCCUUUUUUUUUUCCAUUACAAGUUUCACCUAGCCCAUCUUAUUUACAAGUGAAGAGCUUUCUUUCUUGAGAAAAAGAAAGAAGUAAUCAGAUUGAAGAGGAUGUAUUGGUAGUCAAUUUCCACAGAGUCAUACUUGAAAGGAAAAAAAUACUCGGUUAGUACAUGAAGAAGACACUGGUGACCCAGCAUCAGGCAAAUGCGCUGGAUUUUUUCAGGGCUAGAGAUGAGUGGUGCUGCCCCAAUAAUAUAAUUUAGCCCGUAUAUUUUAUGAUCAAGGGUAUACAUUUGCCAGACAGAUGGCCUGGUGUAGGGGGCAGUCUGUCAUCAUGAAAUAGACUUUCUCUAACUCAUCCAUAUAAGCACUAAAUAUAGAACUUAACCCUAUUACCACCAAGGCCAAAUAAAUGAUGUAAUUUUCUCUGCCACCAUGUAUAACCGUCGGCUCCUUGCUAUUUGAACCCUUGCCAUUGAUUGUCUAAGAUGAGUCACUGGAAGAGCCAAAUUAAGUAGCCAAAUUCUAAAUCAAUUAAAGAGGUAAAAGUAUUUUCUUACAGGUUUCUAUGAAUGCAGUAUUAGUUUGGGAUCUCCUGGGAGAUCAAAGAUUUGAGUAUGAGUAGUUAUCUGGGAGGUGAUCCCCAGAACCAUCCAUGGAAGGGAAACAGGGAGGGGCAGGCUGCCGAAACAGUGUGUGUCAGCAAACAGGUUAUCUCUGCGGGUAAGUGGAGUUUAAUCCCUCCCGGGAAUGUCCAAGCCAUUGUAGAACACGUGACUCAACUUAUCCUGCGGGGGCAAGGGAGCUGGGAUAUGUAUACGCCAAUGUGCAGUAGUCAUUGGCUAAGGACUGCUUAGGAGGUGAGGUAGUAAUUCUCGGGCACUUCCUCCACACAUGGGCUCCUGUUUUCACAAGCAAGCCCUCGGGCUGAGUGAGGCCAAUGCUGUCAUUUGGAAGCUGGGCCUAUGUGCUUUGCAGUGGUAAGGCUUAGGGCGUGGCACCACCUGUAUCUGAUCCCAGCACUGAUAAAAACAGCUUGUUUUCGGCCAUUAUGAAAUUUACCCAUUUUUUGGUGUUAGUAUAUGGUAUGUUAAAAAAGAUUCAAGUGGCUACUACAUGGUAUUUUCCAGGAAAACGGAUUUUAGAUUGAUACCAUGUUUUAUCAUUUUCACCGUCAUUGUGGUCCACGUCCUCAUAUAUACACCUUCACAGGUGACAGAUAAGGAACUGUGCUGUGGAAUUUAAGCAGAAAUGAUAACUUUGGCCUAAAAAAUUACAUGCAGUACUGCUCCAAAAACUGAGGUCUAUGAUACAUUUGCUGGAAGAUGCUUUAAAAAAAUAGGGAACUUGCUGUACAUUUAAAUGUUAUUUUGUGCAUUUUUUUCUGUCUAUAAUACAAAUCUUUUCUAGAUGCCCUUCAUCCUUUCCAGCUAGCCAACCUUUGUAUGGGCCCUACCAACAGCAGAGUCAAAUUCAACAUCUGGGUCGUCGAUCUAAGCAAGCUCAAAUGAAACUUGAAAAAAUGAAAAAAGCUUACAAGAUGGCUAAAGAAAAAAAUGCGUCUGUGGGGACUGUAAGUUGAACUUGUACUGAAUUCAUUGUUUUGUACACUAUUCAAACUGUAAGUAAUUCUACUUCUAUAAGUAGAAUUUUCCUUAUCUCCAAGGUGAAGGUUGAAAUGCCUUUGGUAUCUACUUAGAUAGUCUAAAGCUAUGUUCCUCUUGGUGCCCCAUGUUUUAAAAAUUCUUCAACAAUAGAGCUAACCUGAUAAAUAUUGGCUGUUUGGGCUCCGCAUCAGUAUGAGGUGGUGAACAACAACAGCAGCAAUGAAAAACUGUCGUCUCUGUACGUUGACGCUGUCAAUUCAGCAUGAUGCUAAUGGUGAUUUUUGUCAAAACAAAAUCCAUUUCUAUCUAAACUUACAAAAGCGGUAUGUGUAAAGUCGCCCUCAGUAUAUUCCUACAUUGUAGGAAUAUUGACAACCAGUGCGUAUUGAUGUGUUACUUUGUAAUUCUUAAAGAAUCUGCUCUAAGUUUUUUACGAGGAGGCUAAGUAUAAACAGUCACUAUGAAAACAAAGUAGUAAAAACCAG